GGGGACAUGUCGGUGGCGACGGGCAGCAGUGAGGCGGCCGGCGGGGCCGGCGGCGGCGGCGGCGGCGGCGGCGCGCGGGUUUUCUUCCAGAGCCCCCUGGGCGGCGCCGGCGGCAGCCCGGGCUCGAGCAGCGGUUCGGGCCCCUCCCGGGAGGACUCGGCGCCCGUGGCCACGGCGUCCGCUGCCGGGCACGUUCAGCAGCAGCAGCGGCGCCACCAGCAGGGAAAAGUGACAGUGAAAUACGAUCGCAAGGAGCUUCGGAGGCGGCUCGUGCUGGAGGAGUGGAUCGUGGAGCAGCUGGUACAGCUUUACGGCUGCGAGGAAGAAGAAAUGCCAGAAGUGGAAAUUGACAUUGACGAUCUUCUUGAUGCAGACAGUGAAGAAGAGAGAGCUUUAAAAUUACAGGAAGCUCUCGUAGACUGCUACAAACCAACAGAGGAAUUUAUCAAGGAGCUGCUCUCCCGGGUAAGAGGCAUGAGGAAACUGAGCCCCCCGCAGAAGAAGACUGUAUAAUUCCGGACCAGGUGGAACUCUCCUGGAGACCCAUGAAGGGAUUUCGACUUCACGAAGACUUUUAUUAAAGAAUAGUUGUCCUUAUGAGCAACUUUUUUGGGGGUAGGGAGGGGUGGUAUCUAUUAGACAUUUAUUCAAGAACGUUACUUUUUUUUGGUUGUUUUUAAAGGUUUUGUUGGUGUGAUAUUUUAAUAGCAAAGACAUCACCACUCUGGUUUCAGCCCAACCAGGGAUUAACAAACCAGGCAGACAUGCAGGGCUGGGCUGAGCCAGGCAUCUUCUUGGAGAAACCAGAUGUUUAGAGCCUAACUAUACAGGGAUGAUGGUUUUCGUAGACUUUUUUCUUAAGUUGUACAUUUGAC